AUGCUUAUGAUUAGCGCGUGCUCCUCUCCCCUCCCAGCGCGUGCUCCUCUCCCCUCCGCGUGCGUGCUCCUCUCCCCUCCGCGUGCGUGCUCCUCUCCCCUCCGCGUGCGUGCUCCUCUCGCCUCCCCGCGCGUGCUCCUCUCCCCUCCCCGUGCGUGCUCCUCUCGUCUCUCCGCGCGUGCUCCUCUCCCCUCCCCGCGCGUGCUCCUCUCCCCUCCGCGUGCGUGCUCCUCUCCCCUCCGCGUGCGUGCUCCUCUCCCCUCCGCGUGCGUGCUCCUCUCGCCUCCCCGCGCGUGCUCCUCUCCCCUCCCCGUGCGUGCUCCUCUCGCCUCCUCGCGCGGCAUCCCCCCUGCACGCCCUCAUUUCCCCCCCUGCACGCCCUCAUUUCCCCCCCUGCACGCCCUCAUUUCCCCCCCUGCACGCCCUCAUUUCCCCCCCUGCACGCCCUCAUUUCCCCCCCUGCAGGCUCUCAUUACCCCCCUUUUAUGCACCCGUUUCCCCUCUGCUCACUCUCUUUCACCCCUCACUCACGCGUUUUCCCCUCUGCUCACUCUCUUUCCCCCACACUCACCCUUUCUCCCCUCUGCCCACUCUGUUUCCCCCGUCACUCACCUUCUUACCGAAUUCUCACUUUUCAUUCACCCCUUUUUCCAAUCCCGCUUCCCCUUUUCCAUCUCUCCUUCAUGCCUCCCACCACCUCUCCCUGCCUUCCUUGCUUCUCUCCUUAUCUCCUUCAUGCCUCCCACCAUCUCGUUUUCCUUCUCAUCUCUUGUGGGCCACAUCACAAGGCCCGUCUGCCCUCUCACACUCUUCCUGCCAUUCUCACUCUCGCAAUCCUCACCGCCGUCCCUUCCUUCCUGUAACCAAUCUCCCCUCCCCCCUUUUCCCUUCCUUCCCUCCACUUCCUCCCCUUCCCUUCCUUCUCUCCCCAUCAUUCCCUCCCCUUCCUCCCCUCCCCUUCAUCCCCAUCCCUGCCCUUUCCUCCCUGCCCUUCCCUUCUCGACCCCGCCCUUCUACGUCACUCCUCGCCUUCUGCCCUCCAGUUCAUGUGCAUGUGCUGCCAUCACUUUUGCCCCAUACAUGCAUCUUAUUAACUCAUGUUUACUCGCUUGUAUUCCCUUUUCACCCUCCGUCCCUUCAAAUCUCCCCUCACUUACUACCCAUCUCCCUGCCUUUCCAUCACACCUCCCUGCCUUCUCAUGGAUUUGA